AUGAUACAAUAACCAUUUCAAAGAUAUAGAAGAAGUUGUCGACACUGGGACUUCCCAAGCGGUCCCCCACCUUAGUACUAACCCAGCCUUAAGGCGCUUAACUUCGGAGUUCGAAUGGGAUCCGGUGUUUUCACCUUAGUAUGGCCGACAACAAAAUUAAUAAAAUAAAUGUUGUCGACACUGGGACUUCCCAAGCGGUCCCCCACCUUAGUACUAACCCAGCCUUAAGGCGCUUAACUUCGGAGUUCGAAUGGGAUCCGGUGUUUUCACCUUAGUAUGGCCGACAACAAAAUUAAUAAAAUAAAUGUGAAUAAAUACAUUUAAUAGGUUGUCGACACUGGGACUUCCCAAGCGGUCCCCCACCUUAGUACUAACCCAGCCUUAAGGCGCUUAACUUCGGAGUUCGAAUGGGAUCCGGUGUUUUCACCUUAGUAUGGCCGACAACAAAAUUAAUAAAAAUAAAGUUGUCGACACUGGGACUUCCCAAGCGGUCCCCCACCUUAGUACUAACCCAGCCUUAAGGCGCUUAACUUCGGAGUUCGAAUGGGAUCCGGUGUUUUCACCUUAGUAUGGCCGACAACAAAAUUAAUAAAAUAAAUGUGA